UGUAGUCAUAGCGUUAGCAGACAGGCUAACGUUAGCUAUCUAACUUUUGGACAGGAAAACAUGUAGAUAAUUAGCUAGCUAUGUAGCAGUGAGAAUAAAAUUGAUAUUUUUAUUUCAGUUAUCUAUAUGACAUUGAUAGUGUCAUCGGCCAAAAAAAUUAGAAAUAUGCUACAGAAAGCGCUGCGAUCCAUUUUCUGCCUGCUUUACACUGGGACUUGGCUGGUACAGGGGAAGGAGUUCUGCUUUGGGGUAAACAAUGAGCAGUACCGCUGUGAGAUGGGGUACUGUUGCGGAGAGACAGAGUGCUGCACUUACUACUAUGAGCUAUGGUGGUUCUGGCUGGUGUGGACCCUCAUCAUCAUGCUGAGCUGCUGCUGCGCGUAUCGCCACCGGCGUGUCAAGAUGCGUCUGCAGCAGGAGCAGCGGCAGCGAGAGAUCAGUCUGAUGGCCUAUCAGGGCGCCUCCAGCUCCUUCAUCUCACCUCCACCCCUCAAUCUACGGUUCUGGACAGACUGCAAGCUUCCGGACUAUGAAGAGGUUGCUGGCCACCCCCCAACUCCACCUCCCCCUUAUUCCGAGGCUGAAAACCCUCCCACCGUUCCUGCUGCCCUACCUGUGGCUGCUGUGGUGCUAGAGCCCCCUGUGGAGGAGGAGGAGCCUGGGGGAGAGCGGGCCACAGAUUCGCUGGAGGCGGCAGGGGAUGUGGCUGGCCCCAGCCAAUCAGGGCGAGGGGAGGGGCAGUCUGGAGUGCCUUUGGGGGUGGAGAGUGAGAGCCUGGAGGAGUCAGGUACCCGGCGGAGGCAUGUUACAGGUGAUUCUGGUAUCGAGGUGUGCGUGUGCAGACUGGAUAUGGACGAAGAGGACAUGAAGGGGGAAGAGGAUGUGGAGGAACAGGUGGAAGAUGGAAAUCUGCGCCAGGGUGCCGGCGGCAACUGCUGCUCUGAGUGCCAUAGCAGCCAGCACAAGGAGUGGUCCUCAGAGCACCAGCCUUCCAGCAGUAGCCAUGCAGGUGGCCUGGCGUGAAAAACGCUGCUUGUGGCUUUAGCGUUGAUGCUUGGGGUAGGGCAAACAAAGGGGGCUUCUGUCAUUGUCAUCAUUAUUAUUACAGUUUGAAGAUAAGCUGCACAGCCAGUCACAUACAGGGCUGUGUCUCUUCAAGUACUCCUUCAUUAUGAUAAUACUAAUUAUGAGGAUGACGGAAGUGAGUACUGUUGCUCAUAUAUUCUUUCUAACAUAGGUUUUUGUGUGUUUAUCCUGGGACUCGGUAGUUUAAGUCCCAUGGAUGGUCACCUUGGUCAUGUCUUGUGUGGACUGGAGUAGGCAGUUGUACUCUUCUGGUUACAGAAAGGAGAGAGGGGAUGACUUAGUGAGGGAUUCACCAGGGAGGUGAGAGAACUAGAUUACAUCACUCUGCAAACUCUCUUGAGCCAGAUUGUCCUGAUCAGACUGUCAUGAGACUGAACUCAUUGCCCAUCCAGCCACUCUUUUUGGCAAUGCUGUUCACCUCCUGCCUGUCUUACAGAGAACAGUCUGCCUGUAGUAACCAAAACACAAGGAUAAUCUUGACAUAAAAAAAUGAGGAAAGGAUUUUUGUUUUGCUAUUUCUGGAACUCUCCCUUUAGCAGGGACUGGAGCGGGCUGAGUAGGGUGUUGUUUUUACUUUUUUUUUUGUGAAGGCGUGAAAACUAGGGCACAGCUGUGAGCAGACGUCAGCAGAGGAGGCCUGGUUUCCUGUGCUGCAUGGUUUCGUUUUAAAAAACGGCAAGAGGAAGCAGAUAAAAAUGCACGAGUACGUGAGGAACGUGGAAUUGGCUGGGGACUCGGCACAGACUGUGCCCGUGGAGUCACCUGUUCCCCCCUGAGUGCAGACUUGGGGGAAAAGCCAGUGCCCGCUCCUGCUCCUGCUCCAGCUACAGACUUGUGUCUGAAAACAAGGCCCUGCAUGUACACCCCAGCAUUGUGCUGGCUGUGUAUACCAAAGCCUGCAAGGCCUGUGCUGCAGCACACUGGGCACGGGCUGGCUGUCUCUCAUGUGACGCUGUCGUGGUUGUUGUACAGAUUGAGAUGGAGCCAGUCAAGGUUAGGAUUAGGAUUCAGGUGUGUAAUGCAAGACUAUCAUAAUUAUCAUUACUGCUAUUGUUAUUAUCUAAUUCUUUUGGUAAGUGUAAUAAAGUUGAUCUAAGUUCACUAGCGUGAACUCAUAUUAUGGUUGGCAAGAGGUUUUCUGCAUCAUGAGGCAUCACUGCUUUGUUAUUAUUACUCCUUGUUUUUUAUUACUUCCCAGAGCUUGACUGAUAUACAUUUAAUGUACAUUUUGGGUAACUAAGCCCCUCUCUUGAAGUUGUGGCUUGCUUUUAUUGGUUUUAACAAGGAGGAGUUUAGUUGAGUUUUGGUUCUGAUAUUUUCUUUGAAUGGUUUUCCCCAAGUGCCUGGGAUUGAUGCACUCAGUUUGACCGUACAUACAGUGUAAUAGUGCUCACAGUGGAACCACUCA